CUUCUCCGUUGCUGGUGAACCCGUAAUAAGUCAACCGAUACAUGCUCACCCAGUCCAAGUUUUUCUCCUCCCCCAAAUCAGUGAAAUCGCAUCUCUCUACCCUUCCUUACCCUUUCUUCAGUUUCAGUUCGCCUCUCUCUCCUCUUCCUUCUCCAGCUCCAGAUCUCCCUCUUCCUCUCUCAUGUCUCGUCAAUAGCUUGAUCUGAUUGGGAGGACAGCAAUGGAUCACUCCAGAAACAGCAACCACCAUCAGCAGCAGCUGGGAAUCAACAAGAUGGGGAAGAGCAUCCGCAAGAGCCCUCUCCAUCAACCCGCCAACUACAACCACAGGCCUUACCCUCCGCCUCCGACGAACCAUCCGCCGCAACAGCAACAGUCGCAACCGCAGCCGCAGCCGCAGGUCUACAACAUCAGCAAGAACGACUUCCGCAGCAUCGUCCAGCAGCUCACCGGCACCCCCUCCCGCGACUCCACCCCCGGCCCCGCCGCCCCCCAACCCCGCCCCUCCAGCUCCCGCCUCCAGAAGAUCCGCCCUCCCCCGCUCGCCCCCAUCGCUCGCCCACCUCCUCCUCCCCCUCCCCACGCUGCCCGUCCUCAACCCCACCCCCACGCUCACCCUCCUCCUCCUUUCCAUAAUCCUAACCUUAAUCUCAAUCACAAUCGCGCUGUCUUCCCCCGCCCCGACGGCCCCAGCUGGGCCGAGUCCCCCGUCUCCGCCUAUAUGCGCUACCUAGAAAGCUCCCUUCUCAGCUCCGACACUUCCCGCUACCCUCGGCCGCCGCCGCCACUUCCCUCCCCGGGGCUGCUUCCCUCCCCGCGCCCACCCUUCCCCUUGCCUUCCCCCCGAGGAAUCCCUAAUUCGGCCUCGCUUCCGCCCCCUACUCCGCCGUCCGCGAUUCCUUCUCCGAUGGCGUUUUUCGAUCUGCUCUCGCCCAGAUCUCCGUACCCCCUGCUUUCGCCGGGGUUUCCUUACCCUCCGCUAUUGACUCCCAAUUUUGCCCUCUCGCCGUUGCCACAGCCGGGGAUUUUGGGGCCCGGACCAUCACCCGGGCCGCAGCCACUGCCUUCACCCGGGCUUUGGUUCCCUCAAUCGCCGUCGGGGUUCUUGCCUAUACUGAGCCCUAGAUGGAGGGAUAUGCUGUAACUCCAACACAAUCCUCAAGAUAACGACGGCAACUGCUGACUUAGCGAAUUGCUAUGGAGAUGUUAGUAUUGACUCGGGAGUUCAAGACAUAUGCGCGGCGGACAUUAGAGAGGUGAAGUGCAGUAUAUUUUAGUUUCUUUGUAGUUAGUAUAGACUCCUCUUGUCAAAUAUUGCAUUUGAUUCUGAUCCUGAAUUCACUGCUCCCAUUUUAAAUGGUUAUCUUUGAACUGAUUGGUUAAGGAUAAAUCCCGUGUAGGACUUGUCAACACAGUAAUUUUACUGAAUUCAUUUCCUGACUUGUCUGGAGUGUAUGUAAAUGCAUAUAAAUUAACUUCGUUCAACUGUUUCCUACUAUUUGUCUCAAAUUAAAUAACUUAUUAAGAAA